CGCACGAACAACCUGGUUUCUUUAUCUGGCAGUGUGUGUCACUGAAACACUUAUAAGCUUUCUCGAUCUGUCGAAAAAAGCUAACAUCAUCAUUCCUUUUCCUUAUCUAAUGGCUGAGGAAAAGAGUCUCGAAGAGGUACUCUCACUGCCAAUCCUACUUGCCGAUCGAGUGAGCAAGUCUGCUCGAGAAGCCGAGGCAUCAAAACUCGAGUGUCUCGACUUGGCAAAGCAAGUCGACCGGCUCUCCCAGAUGCUUCGAGCGGCAGUUCGACUCCCGUGGACAGCUUCGCAGUCUCAUCAAACUCUGUACGAGCAGCCCAUCCGUCGAAUCGUCGCCGACGUGGCGAAGAAUCUCGACCGAGCCCUAACCUUGGUUCGAAAAUGCAAGCACAGCGGCGUGCUUCGGCAGGUGUUCUCGAUCACCACCACGGCCGACUUCCGCAAGGUCUCGAACCUUCUCGAGUCUUCCAUUGGCGACAUGAAGUGGCUGCUCUCGAUCUACGAUUUCGAUAACGGGACCAACCUUUCUCUGCCUCCGAUAGCGAGCAACGACCCGAUUCUGUCGUGGGUUUGGGCCCACACCGCUAUGCUUCACAUGGGUCAGCCGAAGGAUCGAACCGACGCGGCUCUCGAGCUCGCUUCUCUGGCCAAAGACAACGAUCGGAACAAGAAGAUCAUCGUCGACGAAGGUGGGGUCCCGCCGCUUCUCAAGCUGCUCAACAACGCCAACAGCAACGAACCCAAUUCGGCGAUUUCAGUUGAAGCUCAAAUCGCGGCCGCCACUGCGCUUUUCAAUAUCGUCACGAACCGGGACCGUGUCCGAUACGUGGUGGACACGCAUGGGAUUCCGAUAAUUGUUCACGUUUUGACUGAGUCUACAAUCAAAGUUCAAAUCCCAGUUGCGAAUUUAGUAGCUCGAAUGGCUGGGCUCGACCCUUUGGCUCAAGAGGAGUUCGCUAGAGAAAACGUUACCAGACCUCUCGUGUCCUCGCUGGCAAUGGAUACGAUUCUCGACGACCCGAAUUUUCUCCAGUCGGGUAAGACUACAAUUCACUCUUUAGUUCAAUUAGCUGGGAAAACAACACAACCAUUGAAAAGCAAUCACACGGGGUCGUUUUCGUAUAAUUCAGAUGGAAGUGGUAGAAGUGGUAGUGGUAGCGGUGGUGGUAGUUCUACUACUAAUUCACAUUAUCAUUAUAAUAGUAGUAAUAUUAGAAAAGAGAGGGAUAAUGAGACACCUGAAGUCAAACAAAAAGUCAAAGUUAGUUGUGCUCAGGCUUUAUGGAAGUUAUCCAAAGGUAGUUUAGUGAAUAGUCGAAAGAUCACGGAGACAAAAGGGUUGUUGUGUUUGGCGAAAAUGAUUGAGUACGAGAAGGAUGAGUUGCAGUUGAAUUGUUUGAUGACAGUUAUGGAAAUAGCUGCUGUGGCAGAAAAUAAUACUGAUCUCAGGCGUACCGCGUUUAAGCCUAGUUCUCCGCCUGCUAAGGCAGUGUUGGAUCAACUUUUGAGAGUGAUUCAAGAUGGCGAUAGUUGGACAUUGCAAAUUCCGGCGAUCAAAGCUAUUGGGUGUUUGGCGAGGACUUUUCCGGCUAGGGAGACGAGGAUUAUUGGUCCUUUGGUUUUGCAGCUUGGGAAUAAGAAUGUGGAUGUGGCGACGGAGGCUGCUAUUGCAUUGAAGAAGUUUGUGUGUCCCGAGAAUUUUAAUUGCUUGGAGCAUUCCAAGGCGAUUUUGGAGUUCGAUGGGGUUCCACCGCUGAUGAAGCUUUUGAGGGCCAAUGAUUGGGCUCAAAUGCACUCGGUUGUGUUGUUGUGUUAUCUUGCAUUGAAUGUUGGUAAUAGUAAGGCUCUUGAACAAGCACGGGCAUUGAAUGCACUUGAAGGGGCUGCUCGUUCUGUCGUGGCUCAAAAUCCUGGUUUGAGGGACUUGAUUGUUAAAGCCAUGGAUCAUCUCACUCUUUAUCAGCCUGGAGUUCCUCAUCCCCAUAUGCAGCCUCAUCUACUUUAAAUGCGGCAGUUUUGGCUGCGAGAACAAUUAGUCCAUGUGUGUCUUAGAUUGUAAGUUGUAACAUAGAAAUGAUUGUUUUUUACAAUGUGAACACAUGAAAAACAAAAUUUGACUAUGUAAGAGGUGGUUGUUCACGAUAUGAAUAAUCAUCCCCAAGUAACUGUGCUUCAUAUGUGGAUGGAUGUUUUCUGAUGUACAUGUAAUUAGCUAUUGAAGGAAUUUAGCAAUUGAAUUCUUAAAGAA